AUGCCUUCGUUGACUAAUGUUUUGCUUCACAGCAUUGCCUACAUGGCAGAGAAGUUCCCUGACAAGUGGAUGGAGAAGAUCCCUUACUACCGUGCAAGGGAAGAAGAGAUGGAGAAGGAAGAGCGCGAUGCCCGCCGUGCUCGCAAGCACUCGCACAAACGCUCCAGCUCCCACAAGAGCUCUCGCAGCCAUCGCAGCCACCGCAGAGACGACUACUAUGCCGAUGAAGAGGCAUCUGACGAGUACGAUGGAGAAGAGUACGAUCGCCGCGACCGCAGAAGACACCGUAGUCUGGAUGGGCGUCGCCGCGAAGAAGAGGCCAGAUUCAAUCGCAGGUCUUACAACCCUGCCGACUACGCUCCCGUCGACAAAUAUGGUUAUGCUGUGCACCCCACUACCCAAACCUACCCUAUUGGUAACGGAGUUGUCCCCGGUGCUAUCCCUGUCACCACCUCCAUCGCCAACGGCCAUCGUCCUACGUCUUCUUCGGGACCCAUUCCCGGCUACGUUCCAUACGCCCAUGUCUACAGUACUCCCGCUCAGUCCACAAAGCCCGACUAUCCUUACGCUUCUGAUGCUCGCGAUUCUCCCCGUGGCUCAUCCGAUCGCUACGAACGCAGAGACUAUCAUGCCGACCCUCGUGGCAGAAGAUACAACGACAGCCGUGACUAUGCCGAUGAUGCUGAUGUCGAGUAUCGCCGCCGUGACAGCCGCUACGACUAG